UUUCCACCGGCUCCGGAGAAACUAGAACGCAAUGCUGCUGCUGAGGAGGAUCGCACUCGCAUCUCUGCUCUGCCUCUUUCUCACGUCCUGUGGAUUGGCCUGUGGUCCGGGCAGGGGUUAUGGGAAGCGCAGGCACCCCAAGAAGCUCACGCCGCUCGCUUACAAGCAGUUUAUUCCGAACGUGGCUGAGAAGACUCUCGGCGCGAGCGGCAAAUACGAGGGCAAAAUCACGAGGGACUCCGAGAGGUUUAAGGAGCUCACACCCAACUACAACCCUGAUAUCAUCUUCAAGGAUGAGGAGAACACGAACGCGGACAGGCUGAUGACACAGCGCUGUAAGGAUAAGCUGAAUUCGCUGGCGAUCUCGGUGAUGAAUCAGUGGCCGGGGGUGAAGCUGCGUGUGACGGAGGGAUGGGAUGAAGAUGGAAAUCACCUGGAGGAGUCGCUGCAUUACGAGGGCCGCGCGGUGGACAUCACCACAUCUGACCGCGACAAGAGCAAAUACGGCAUGCUGUCCAGACUGGCCGUGGAGGCGGGGUUCGACUGGGUUUACUACGAGUCCAAAGCACAUAUACACUGUUCUGUUAAAGCAGAAAACUCGGUGGCCGUGAAGUCCGGCGGAUGUUUCCCGGGCUCCGCGACGGUGCAGCUGGAGGACGGCAGGACGAAGCUCGUGCGUGAUCUGCGCGAGGGCGACCGCGUGCUGGCGGCGGACGAGCAGGGGCGCGCGGCGUUCAGCGACUUCAUCAUGUUCAUGGACAGAGAGCCGCGCGCGCGGAGGCAGUUCAUCGUCAUCGAGACGGCGGCGCCCGCGAGGCGGCUCACGCUCACCGCCGCGCACCUCGUGCUCGUGCGCAACGGAAACUCCUCCGGCUCCUCUCCACUGAUGUCCGCGAGGUUCGCGAGCAGCGUGCGUCCCGGGCACGAGGUGUUCGUGUCCGAGGAGAAAGAGCAAGAGGACGGGCGUCUGCGGGGUGCGCGCGUGACCCGCGUGCGCACCGUGGAGCUGGAGCGCGAGGGCGCGUACGCGCCGGUGACUGCGCACGGCACGGUAGUGGUGGACCGCGUGCUGGCCUCGUGCUACGCGGCCGUGGAGCAGCACCGCUGGGCGCACUGGGCGCUCGCGCCCGCCAGACUUAGCCACGCGCUGGCGGCAUGGAUGCGGCCGUACUGGCAGCGCGCGGCAAAAAACACCACCGUGACAGAAGAGGAGGGGCGCGAGCGCGGGAUGCACUGGUACGCACGCGCGCUGCUGCGAGUGGGCACGUGGCUCCUGCACCGAGACUCAUUUCACCCGCUCGGGCUCGCAGACACAGAGACCAGCGCGAGCUGAGAGAGACACGCGAUCACACGCACCCCCUCCCCCACACGCGCUCUUAACGAGAGGCCUUAACGCGUUCCGUUCCGUUAUUUAUUUGGAGUUGGAGGGUUUUUGGUUUAUUUGUUUCUAUUUUAUUUAUUUGUGUGAUUUAUUUUGUCUUUUCUUUCUUCAGUCGUUCCUUUGUCCGGGGAAACGCGGACGCGGACUCCUGAAUAACACACUCACGCGCUAAAUUAUAUUUUUAUACACAGAUUUGUAUAUUAGAGUUUUCUGUGACGGAUCUAAAGAGGCCCACCUGUUUGUGUGGGUCAGUGAUAUGGACCUGAAUUCACUGGACUGAAGAAGGUGCGAACGAGCUGCUAAAAGUGUGUGUAAGUGUGUGUGUGUGUGCGUGUGUGUGUGUGUAGGGUUGGGAUGUAAUGGAACAAACACAUUAGUAUUGGGAAUACUAUUCAGAACAUAAAAAUCAAUACAAAAUAAUCUAUAUUCAGUACUAAUUACAUUCUGUAAAGGCAGCAUUCAGGAAAGAGUUCAUGAGAAUAUUUUAGAAUAUUUACCCACUAAAUAAAACAUCAAUGCUUGUUUAUAAACUAUUUUAUAAUAAUGUGAUGAUCGUUAUUAAUCUCAGUGUUACUGAGCUCUGCUAAAGCCUGAGUAGACUGAUAA